UCAGGGUCCAUUGAACACGUGAAAUGAUCAACACUACUUGUAACACCACCAAGAUGGUUGUCUUCGUGGUAGCUCUGGUGGUAGUUGACGUGGUAGUUAUGUGGUGGUACCUCUCCCCCACCACAACCUCAGGAGAUGGUAGUUCACAACCAGACCCCCCUGAUGUCACUUACCCCCCGCCGCCCUCUAACAGCCCUAUGGGAAUCUACUCGCAGGCAGCCGUGGUCAGCACAAGUGAUCUAUGCCCUGCCAUUGGAAAGCAAAUGCUAGAAAUGGGUGGAAGUGCAGUGGACGCAGCCAUAGCAACACUCCUGUGUGACGGAGUCUGCGUCAUGCAAGCCAUGGGGGUGGGAGGGGGUCACAUCAUGACCAUAUACAACAAGACUGAAGGGAAGACAUACUCACUUAUGGCCAGAGAAACAGCACCGGCUGCAGCCACCAGGGAUAUGUUCGUGAAGAAUGCUACGCUUUCUACGUUCGGUCCCCUAGCGGCUGGAGUCCCGGGAGAGUUGAAGGGUUACCAAGAGGCUCACAAGAGGUUCGGGAGAUUACCUUGGAGAGAUCUAUUUCAACCAACAAUAAAGCUUUGCGAAGAAGGGGUCCCUGUCAACAAAAGAUUAGAAUAUCAGUUUCAACUGGAAGAAAAGCUAAUCCGAGCAAGUCCUACAGCAGUAGCCAUGUUGCUGAAUAGUACUGAAGGAAAGUUACCGAAAGAGGGAGAUCUAAUCAAGUUGCCCCAGUUGGCGAAGACGUUGAGAGUUAUAGCAGAAAGUGACAACAAGGCUGAUGAGCUUUACAAUGGAAGUCUUACCAAGAUGUUUGUGCAAGAUAUACAAGCGGGAGGUGGCAUCAUCACGGAAGAAGACAUGAACAACUACCAAGUACGCUGGGAAGAGCCAGUGACUGCGUCUCUAUCCGGAGACCUCACACUGUUCUCUGCACCUCUCCCAGGCUCGGGUAUCUUGGUGGCCUUCAUGUUGAGGCUGCUCGAUGGCUUCCUGCAGCUCGCCGACUCCGACCUGCGCAGAUCCCAAGUCAUGAUUGAGACAUUCAAGCACGCCUACGGACGUCGCACAGACCUCGGCGAUCCACAUUUCGUGAACGCAUCUCUUUUGGAAAGAGUGAUAUUCAAUCUGACUGACGAGGAGACUAUCCUUGGUCUAAGAGGCAAGAUCUUCUACAACACAACCUCUCAGGACCCGCGAUGGUACGGAGGGGACUACGAGCAUGAGGACCACGGAACCAACAACAUUGUCGUCCUGGCCCCAGACGGCAGCGCUGUUUGUGCCACCAGCACCAUCAACACACCAUUUGGGAGUCAAUUCGUGUCAAUAAGCACCGGUAUACUCCUGAACGACCAGAUGGAUGACUUCUCUACCCCAGGGGAGCCGAACUACUGGGGCGUGUCCCCAAGUGAAGCCAACUACAUCGAGCCAGGGAAGAGACCUCAAUCCUCCAUGAGUCCCACGAUUAUCGUGGACUCUUCUGGUGACGUCAGGCUAGCCAUCGGUGGCGCAGGAGGAACCACCAUCACUACACAGACAACUGCGGUGGCAGCAAAGAAUUUGUGGCUUGGGAAGAAUAUCAAAGAGGCAAUAGACGGAGCAAGGUUUCAUCAUCAACUGCUUCCUAUGGAAGUGUCUUAUGAGUAUGGAGUUGUUAAGGACAUGGUGGGAGGAUGGCAACACAUCGGCCACAAGACCAAGCGGAGGUCCAAGACACAAUACAGCCUUGGAGUGGUGACCGGGGUGGCUAGAUUACAGUCCAACAUCACAGCCAACUGCGACUGGCGAAGACUGGGUGCCGUGGCGGGAUUUUGACGGAUUUCAAUGUAUAUAGUUUUGA